AACGAAGAGCGUGAUUUCCAGGGGGGGAAUCACUUUGACCAGUAUGAAGAAGGCCAGUUGGAGCUGGAGCAGGCAUCCCUGGACAAGCCCAUCGAAUCGGUAAGGCUGCAUCCAUCAUCCCGCACCAUUGGACCAGCUGUGAGAGUGGAUAUGAUUGGUCCAGGGAGAAAUAAGAACCACACCUUUUUACUCCAUUCAUACUGUCCGUGUAGAUGCAUCCAGUGUUUUCUUGAACACACUUGCCACCUAACCUUUAGAAAUCACUUGUCUCAUGUCCAUUAAUACCCUUAAAGUCCCUCCCACUUCCCAUGUCCUCUGCCUUCUCCAUUUCCUGUGUGACAGUUAAGAUGAUUAUGUAUAUGCUAAGAUUUUCCUGUUUUUAUGUAGAGCUUACAGAUAAAUGUUAGAUUUUUGUAUCAGUCUCCCAUUAGUCAUUGUUAGUCAUUUUAGCACUAUGAGAAGAGAUGAAAGCAUGGAGUGGACGAAGCACUGUCAUUAAUGGCUGUUACCUAAAUACUGUAGCUGUUCAUUAAUUAUAAACUCAUUCAAAUGAAAUAUCCUUAUUUGGUAAUGAUCAGAUUUUACUCUGAAUACAGCUACUUUAAGCAGGGUCCCCACACAGAGCUGUACAGUUUUGUUAUGUUUUUAUGAUUCAUUGGAGACCCACUUAUUUACCUUUGAUAUAAGAAUUAUUUGGAUUUAUGUAGUUACACAUAAAGCCCUCUUAUGUGAGUACAUCCAAACUCAUUGAAUAUAAGUUGCAAGGCAGAUACGGAUUUUAAAACAGCCAGAUUACAAAGAGUUUACAUUUGUAUAUGGGAUUGUUUUGCAGUGACUCAAAUUUUCCUGUUUAUGAAAAGUCGGCAGUGCUUAUUCCACCCCAUUUAGCAAACAAGAGUGCGCACAUUAGAUGGUGUGAAUGGUUACAUUUGUGUUUGAGUGAAUGUGUGUCUAUGUAGCUUUAGAAUUUAUGUGUUAGUGUAUAGUGUUUGUCUCUAUAGGACAGUUAUCUUAUUGUACACAACUUGGGGUGUUCGACAUUUCUCUCCUGCAGCGAAUUGGCCCCUAUUAGCUAAGCAGCAAUGACCCGGUUUGUAUUUGCACGCUCUGCUUUCUUACUCCUAUCUUUAGGGUCCUUGUAACGCUUCUCUGACUGUCUUUCUCUCUUUCUCUCUCUCUCUCUCUCUCUCUCUCUCUCACUCUCUCUCACUCUGUUUCACCACUGUCACACUUUACAUCUAUUCUCUCUCUCUCUAUCUCUACCUCUCUCUCGCUCCCUCCCUACUACACAGUGAUUCGGUGUACAGUACCCUCUGUCAUUCUGUGCUGGCAUGGUGCUUGUGCAACUGGGACUGCAUUUUUCGCUGAAGAGGCACAUCGAUAAUAGCGCAGGCAGCUCUCUUCUUUCUGUCUUUCCCACUCUCUCCAUCCCCGCCCCCUUCUGUCUCUGAAGCACUGUGGUGAGCAGGCCCAAACUCCUCUAACCUCCACAGUGUCAGGUCGCCUCUCCUCAACAUAAUGAAUGUGCUGUGCCAACCAGUCAGACAGGAUGAGCCACCAGGUAGAGAGCAAAAUAGUGGUGCACCUGCAACAUUUAUGCAUAGCGACAUAGUAAUGACUACAGGCAUGUUUUUCUUCAAUUAAAACUGCAUUUAACAGUUGACAUGGCUAAUUUGCAAGUAAAUUAGAUUUUAAGAUCAUGAAUAAACAUAAGUAUAAAUAAAUUGCUAAAACAGCCAAAAUAAUACCUUGAAAAGAAAAAAUUAAAGCUAUAAACAUAUAUACCAUAUUUAUUUUUUUAGAGGACAAAAUCAGAUGAGACUCAACAUGCAGCCAGCUUUUACAAAAAUGUGCCUACAUUUUUUUUUUCAAACAAACGAGAUGUAGGUUACAAAUGAAUGUUAUGUAUUAUGAUGGUUUUUGGUCUUGAAGUAGCUGCAGGAGAAAAAGAAGUCAUUAAAAAAUGACAUUUACACGUGCCUUACUUAUUAUUUAAAAGUGUGAGCUUAAAGGUGUUUUUCAUAUUACAGCUAGAAUUCAGGAAACGACAAAUAUAAAAAGGUUCAGUUCUGCUCAAGGUGUACUGUACUUUCUCACAGACACACAAACAAUUUCCACUGCGUGUAGGUGGUGGAGAGGGAGAGAAGCAUAGGAGAGAGGUGGCCUGCUCACCUGGCUUGAGUGGCUCUUUUGCUCCUGCGCUAUUAUUAGUGGAGGGGAGCUGAGGGCCGCGCUGCAGCAUCAUACAGUUCUUUACACAUCCGUGGAAAAAUGGCCACAACAGAAGUGCCAUCAACUGUCACCAAUAAUAAUACUCAACAUAGUCUUUUUGGAAAGUGCAUGCUCUUAAAGAAGCUUGUUUUAUCCAAGGCAGACAAACAUGACAAUUCGUUACCUAUUAAAACUGAUCAACCUGAUGAUCGGAAAUUUAGUGGAUUGAAGAAGUUUUGUGACAUCGUAAAAAAGCUUCAUCAUAAAAAGGCAUGACUCUAGUUAAAAAGUAAAAAUCCUCACAGCGUCAUCAGAAUAGAAGACAAGGAAUGUUGUCUACACUUUCUAAGCUUCAUAAUAGACCACCAGCUAUGAUUAAUAGUACAUCUUAAUAGAUAUUUGAAAUGCUAAAGCAUGUCAUUAGGUUCACAGAUCAGUCCCUGCCUCCUUAGUGCAAACCUCUGAGGUGGUGGGAUUUGUGGCAAUUGUCCACCAGUGUUACAUCUUGAAACUGUUAGUGAAUGCUUCAGCCCAACUUCUCGGAGCCCCUCCCUUGCCACUUACUGUGUGUGAUCUAUAGGCAGCUAGAGGUCUGUGGUACUUUAUUGGGAUCUUUUUUCUCUUCCUGUCUUUCCCCUUUGGUCUUUUGCUAUUUCUCUCUAACACUGUUUUUGCAUUGCAUGUGUUAACUUGGUAGCAUUCAGUACUAUUACCUCACAACACUCUGUCCUAAUCACUACUACAAUUUUUUCUCCCAGACUCAUUCCUCCCACGUCUCUUACCCCUCCCAGUCCUUUAAACCUACCAUCCUCCUUCCUCCUCUUACCUGACCCAGUGCCAGAGCGAUAUGCAGCGGGCAGCCUCAGAGCCACAGAACCCACACAUACACACCGGAAUUCCAAGAAAUACAUGUAUACAGGUUCAUACAGAUCACAGGAAGACGACUUAUAUUUUUAUUUUUAUGCUAAUAUUUAUCUUUAAUACAUUCCCUGAGGCCCACCAGGAGAGCUGUUGGCCUUUGCAUUACAGCCCUACAGUUUUUGGCACAGCUGUUUGUCUCUGUUAACUGUUAAACUUCUCUCACCUAUUGGGUGGCAAGAAGACCACAAGCGAAAGGUCAAACCCAGCCGUUUUAACAUCCAGACCCAUGCUUUUUUUUUCCCCCUUCUUUUUUUGACACCACCACAGGCUGUACAUUUAGCACCAGAUUUAACCUUGUGAACAGAAGGAGUGAUGGUCAAGGUCAUUGGUAAGACCCUCCAAGUGGUUUUUCUGUCAAGGUUAGCAGUGUAGUAAGACUGGACAUAAAACAAAACAACUAAUGGAAUAAAAAAUAACAAACCAACAAACAUUUCACUUACCUACAUUUUGCUAAAUUUCCAGUCCUUGAAAUGGGGCUUCAGAAUUAUCAGGUAAGUAUGUAUUUUUAAAUUAUUAUUAUUUUUUUUAAUUUCACUAAUUAAUCUCUGCUUUUCUGUGAUUCCCCCAUCACUCACUUACUGAAAUCUUUAAAUCCUUCACAUUGAUCUGACAGCUCUACACUUGCAUCCAUCUACUCAGACAAAGGUCCAUUUGUUUUAGUCAUUUGCUUCUUGGUGCACCUAGACAGUUUUCAUUUAGUCACAUUUGAAGUGGCUGACACUGACCAGGAACGUACUGAGUACCAAACACAAGGGAGCUGCUAAAAUUUGUAAGGAGAAGCAGACAGCAGAGCCUGUCCACCACCGGCAGCCCACAUUUUGCAAGACAGCUCCCUAAUGUGUCUGUCUCAGUCUUCUUUUAGAACAUGCAGAAUAUCUGAUCUGUUGUCCAAGAAAAAUAACAAAAUAUGUGGUUUUGUUUAGUUAACGUUGAGACACUUAGGGGGAUAAGUAUGCCUGUUCCUUGUUACAUCCUCUCUAGUAAUCUGAGCUAGAGCAAUUUUACAUUCCCAGACAAGGACUCACAAACGCGCGCACAAACACACACACACACACACACACACACACACACACACUCAGUCCCAUAAAAAUGGCUGUAUAGACUGAAACAGUAAAACAAAAUACUCUGAGGUCUCUAGCUGGGGUCCCCUGCAUAUCACUUCCCUUACCCAUAUCUUUUGCCAUGCACUGUGCCAGUGACAGCACAUUGCACACUUUAAAAAACAAAAAACCCUCCUGUAGAUCUCUUUUGUUUGGAUAACAUUUUCUAUUUUUUUUCUUUCUCCUGUAUUAACAGUCAGUUGGUGGAUUUAUUGAAAUGCCUACCUUUUCUGUUUGUAUACAGUAUUAUGUUUGUUUAAAAGCAAAGAGAGAUUUGUAUUUUUAAGAACUAGAGAAGCUAGCAGAAUUGCAGUUGAAAGCGUUUGGCCGGUUUCUUACGUUGUGUCACGUGUGACUGUUUUUUUGACAGCCCAGUAUUUUAAAGCCAGGUUCGUAUGGAAAUGCCUUCACUCCACUUGCACUGCUGUUGGACUCGCCGUCGUUGCUUUCAUCCGUCUGUCUGUCUAUUCUUUUGGUGCACUCAUCUGUUGUUCAACACUCAGUCUGCACCUCAUCUCCGCCCUCUAACCUGUGCUGAGCCCAUUUUGACCUAAUCUCUUUACAGUUGCAACUGUUGCCUCAUCCAACUUGCCUUUCCUGUAUUUAGUUUGUUUUAAAUGUCUUCAAUAAAGGUAUUAAUAAAAAUAAAAAAGAAAGGGGAAAGAUGUUCAAUUCAAGGUCAGGCUAAAAUUCUCCAAGGUUGCAGAGGUUUGCUUCUCAUUCUGUAGUCUUUGGCUGAACCUCUUUGACUUUUUUGAUAAAGAAUAAACAAAUCAGCUGGCAGGAACUGUUUAGACUCCAAGCAAGUGUAUUUCUCAGCUGCUUGUUUAGGGUGCUUUUUUUUAUUUCCCUCUUCCUUCAAGCCUCAUAGAUCAGCUAAUUCCCCAAAUCAAUAGAUGCUCAUGUGCAGAGUGUUGUUGCACCAUAAUACUGCAGUAGAGGACAGAAGCAGGCCCAAUGUCAGUGGCAGGAGUGGCGUUCACUGCAGCAAACUCUGCAGUGUUUCUCUACACAAUGCAGUCAGGAGACACUAAGCAAGGAGUGUACUUUACCAGUCACACAGCCUCUAAUUCUGUUCAUCUUAUGAUUUGAUUAAAAAAUCUUCAAGGUAGGAAAAAGCCAUACAGUGAUUUGCAGGAUCUGUUAAUGUAGUUUUCAGUGUCCCAGUUUAUGAGUUGAUACAGGCAGGUUGUUUCCAGUUGUUUUUCUGCCAUUUGAACCAGCACAGAUUCCUCUCUUAUCUCAUCUUACUGUGGAAAGGAUCUGACAGUCACACAGAGUAAGCAUAGCUCAUACAUGCAUGAAAUGGAGGGGGAAAAUACCAAACCCCGACAGAAACAGGAAGUGAAGAACUUUAACCUCUCUCUUGAGUAUUCGCGGCAAAUGUCAACCAGAUGACUUGGAUAUAUUUAAUCCAGUCAUCCUGAUGCUGAAGUGACAUUUGUCAGUUUACAACUGACAUACUUUUUGUUUUUUCUUCCAGGAAUGCUAAAUAUGGCAAAGGAAGGCUACAGUUUGCUCUGAAAUGCCAACAACUGUGAUUUACAAAAACAAACAAACAAAAAAGAAAGGAUUAAGCCAAAUAUAUGCCAGUUGCGACCUUGUGGGCGGAGAUGCAGUGUAUGCUGUGUGUGAGACUUCUACUCCCCUUCACAUGCACUAACCCAUACGAGCCCAACUCACUUCCACCACCCUAGAAAUUCACCCUCAUCAUGGCUCAGCCUGCUCUGUUCUGCCCCUUUAUCCCGACCUCCUCUUUUGUUAAAGAGAACUAAUUGAGCCCUGUUGAGCCAUCACCUUCCUCUCUGUGCCUGAUCCACCUGAUACUAACACAGUUGGAGUUUUGUUAACCCGUCCUCCACCCCCAGCCCGCCCCACCCCUCUGUAUGUAUACCAUUCACAGUGCGCUACUAACUCCGACGAUCCUUUUUGUUAAAAUACUUUAACAAAAAGCUGCAUGCUGUUUUUUUCUGUUUUGUUCCAACCCCUUCACUUUCUGUUUGUGAAAGUUGAUGUCAAUCUCUUUGUGAUUAUAAAUAUCCUUUUUGUUUGGUUUGUAUGUUUUUUGGUAGAAUGCAGCACUCUGGUGAAUGUUAGACAAGCUUGGAAUAGUUAUAAUCACAACAGAAAAACACUGCUUAUUAAGAAAUCUCAUUGUUUCCUGUUUAUUUGUGCUUGAGGAUGUACUGUAGUGUGUAGUGGUGGGACGGUCUUGCAUUUCACUUAAUGUUUUUGUUUUCUUGCUGACCCAUACUAGUGAUAUAACGGUCUCCGACAUGCACAUUUGGCCCCACGAUGUACUAAGAAUUCCUGUUGUGUAUGUUCUUGCACUCCUUUCUAGCCUCUUUGGUUCAUUAUCCUGGUUAUCUGGUUCAUUGCCUGGUCUUGUCACCAUUGUUAGUCGUGUAAUGUUUGUCAUAGCCAUCAUUGGUAUUAGAAGAAAAGCAGAAAAAGAGUACUUUAAAGUAGAUGGCCUUAAUGCACAUUUUUGGGGGUCCACUAUGAUGAACUCAAUGUAAGUACAUUUAUGCAAACCAAUCAGAAAAGGCCAUCUAAUCUGUAAAGUAUUUCUUGUAGUUUCUGAAUGCCAAUGUUAUCUAUGAUAAUCAAGUUAGAGACAUGCUAACUGCAUACGUUCUUGUCUAAUAAUUGUUUGAAAGUGUGAACAUGGCUGGGUGCGGACAAUCGAUAACAAACCAGAGAUGCUGGAGGUGUACAAAAACAUGUACAGCAGCUAUUUUUAGUAUAUCAGAUGGGGCUACAUGCACACAACGUUUCCCUCUCUUCACCUGCACACCCACAUAUCCCCUCACACGUGCAUAUUCUGUCCACCCUGGGCCUUGUAAUGGUAAUCCAAGGCCCACUAGCUCCACUUCUGUCUCUUCCUCUCGCUAUAUUAUUUGUGACAGCUACAUUAUGUUUCAUGGUGCUCCCCUUGUCAUGGUUACGGAAUCACAGCAAGCUUGGAGUUUCUGGUCUUCGUUUUGUUAAUGCUAGAUUUCCAUACCUGUUCUGUGUCACUUUUCUUUGUGUACUAAGAUCUUGCUCUGUAGUGGUUCAUAUAUGUAUGCGUGUGAUACAUAUAUUGCCCUCUCCUUACUCCUCCUCCUCUUAACCUCUCAGUUAGUGGAUGUGACUUGAUGUGUUAUCUUUAUCAUCCAAAAAAAAAAAAGAGAAAUGCUCAUGCCCAAUUUCUUUGCCUGAAAAAUGUUUUUUAAACUGCACUCCUACUCUAGGAGGAUAUCUUGUAGCUUACAGACUACAUACAGCCUCAUGUAUUCAUCAUAGUGGAAAUCCUACCCUUCCUCUCAGUCUCCCACCCUUUAUCCCCCCUCCCUUCCCCUCAGCUGCCCUUACCACUCCUUGUGCUGGAAGACACUGAUUGUUACACGCUGUAGGUGAUGACGAUAAUGACGAUGGUGAUGGUGGUGGUGGUUGUGCUGAUGAUGAUAGCGUGAUCUGAGUGUUUUUAUUUUAUUUUGUUUGUGUUGUCACCCGUGCCCACGGGGUAAAGCUCCUCUUAUUAUUGGAAUAUUUUUGGUUUUUUUCUCCUCUGUUCUCUCUGCUAGGAUAACAUCGGGCACCGGCUGCUUCAGAAACAUGGCUGGAAGUUGGGACAAGGCCUUGGCAAAACUAUGCAGGCGAUUUGAUCCUGCCCAUGUUGUGCUGAUGGUAAACUUAGUGGACGCACCGACCCUGUGCCCAUUAUCCUUAAAUAUGAUGUCAUGGGGAUGGGACGGAUGGAGAUGGAGCUGGACUAUGCAGAGGAUGCCACAGAGAAGAGAAGAGUGCUUGAAGUGGAAAAGGAGGACACAGAAGAACUGCGGCAAAAAUACAAGGACCAGAUGGAAAAGGAGAAAGCCAUCGCCAAGGCUCUGGAAGACCUAAGAGCAAAUUUCUACUGUGAGCUUUGUGACAAACAGUACACAAAGCACCAGGAGUUUGACAACCACAUUAACUCUUAUGACCAUGCUCACAAGCAGAGGCUUAAAGAGCUUAAACAGAGAGAGUUUGCUCGUAAUGUGUCGUCCCGUUCACGGAAAGAUGGAAAGAAGCAAGAAAAGAUGCUGCGUCGAUUGCAUGAGCUGGCUGAGCAGAGGAAACAGCAAGACCGUACUCCCGGAAGUGGACCCAUGUUCAAAACAACCACAGUGGCUGUGGAUGGAGAGAAGUCAGAAGAUGGAGACAAUAUGAUGCCUGAGAGCCUUGGUUUGACAGACGGUGCCCUGGAAGGAUCACUGCCAGAAAAAACUGAUCAAUCCUCCCCAAAGCCUGGCCCAACUAUCAGCUUCUCUCUGGGGAAGAACACCUCCUCAUCUCCAACCUCCAGCAGUGCAUCCAAAGUCAGUGUAUCCUUCUCAUUCGCCAAGAAAGCUCCGGUGAAGCUGGAGACAGCAGCUGCCGUGUUUGCUGAUCACGGUGAGGAGGCUAUGGAGGAAGAGGAGGGCCAGGAAGGAGAAAAGGCUGGAGUACAAGAGGAAACAUCUGGCUGCAGCACAGAUAGCCCUAAGGCACCAUCUGGAGGAGGUGAAGGAGCAGAAGGAUGUGGUAUGGCAGGGACAGAAGAGGUACAGCAGCCUGAUGAUGGAGGCUCCCUGGCCUCCACUCUCAACAAACUGAAGAUGAUGAUGAAAAAGGAGGAAGGAUAUGCUGGACAGGAGCCUCAGUACUACCACUAUGUUCCUCCUGCUCACUGUCGGGUAAAGCCUCACUUCCAGUUUUUGUUGUUCAUGAAGGCCACUGAACAGUGUCAGAGCAAAGAAGAUGAAGACGAGGAAGAGGCGCAGGAGGAGAAACAGGCUGAAGAAAGUUCUGAACAGAUGGAGACAAAUGAUGCCGAGUGUAAAACUGAAAAAGAACAAGAUAAUGUCGCUUCAACUGCUGACCCAGAGCCAACUCCUCCAUCACCUAAAGUGAAGCCAGAGGAGGAUACAUCUACAUGUGCAACAGACACAGCUUCCACUGUACCCAUAUCACCUUCUCAAAAUGCAGAGUGCACACAAGAUACUGUGGACUCAAACACUGGUCCUAAAAUCCCCACUGGUCCCUUCUUCCCAGUCCUGAGUAAAGAUGAGAGUACUACCCUGCAAUGGCCCUCUGAACUCCUUGAAUUUACAAAAGCUCAGCCCUCCCUGUCUUACAGCUGUAAUCCCCUCUACUUUGACUUCAAGCUCUCCCGUAACAAAGGAGUGCGUGGUGGGAAAUUGGCUAAGUCCCCUAAGCCUGGUGAAGAGUUUGAUGACAAGGGACAAGAGGUAGCUGCUUCACCAGCUGAAGUAGAUAUGGCCACUAAACCUGGAACCAGCACUGACAAAGACAAGGCGGUGAUGAAGGGAGAGCCUGGCCAGUCGGAAAAUGAUGAGCAAAAGCCCACAACUGGCAGCAGUAGUGCAAAGAAAAAAAAGAAAAAGAAGAAGCAUAAGAAAUCUGCAAAGCACUCAAAACGCAAAGGAAAAGAAAAAGGAGCAGCAGAAGAGGCAGAAGGAGAGCCCGAAGAAAUACAAGACAAGCCCAAAAAGAAGAAAAAACAUAAACGGAAGAAGAGCAAAAACAAGGCUCCAGACCAAGACGAGGCAACAGGCGAUGAAAAGGAGAAAGCUAAACCAAAGUCAGAAGAUAAAGCUGUUGCUUCCUCUGUUCAGCUGACGACUGGAGGGGGAGGAGUGACAGGAAAUACAGGAGUGGAACUGGGGAAGAGGAAACGUGCUGCUAAGGAAGUGCCUUGCAAGUCUGGAGCAGAGGACGGAGGAACUGGAAAAAGUACAGACAAGGCCAACUCCUCCGAGGAGCACAGUAGCACCAAGAGACAGAAGACUGACUCCAGUGCAUCUCAAAGUGCCUCCUGCUCCACCUCAGCCCAAAAGAGUCCUGGUCCUGGUAGACCUCCCAGCAGUGAGAGUGAGGAAGAAGGGGGCUCUAAUGCGCAGCGCUCACGUCAUCACAAGUCAAGUCCGCGGGAACAGCGGCGCCACCAUAGUGAAGAGUCUGGUCGGUCCUGCAGCCGUUCAUCAAGGCGGGGGGACAGACGAGGCAGCAGUCGUCGGCGCCAUCGAGGCCAAACCUCCCGUAGUCGCUCUUAUUCCAGCAGCUCUGAGCGCUCCUCAGCGGGCAGCAGUGCCUACAGCCACCGUAGCCGCAGCUACUCUGACAGCUACAGUGACUACAGCACAGAAGGUCGCAGACGAAGGCACUCCAAACGUUCAUCAGACUCUGAAUAUGAGCGGAGAGGGAGCCGGGGACGUAGACGAUCCCGGAGACAUCAGUACUCCUCUUCUUCGUCAGAAGACUCACGCUCACGUUCACGCAGCUACAGCCGCAGGAAGAGGCAUCGGCGACAUCAUCGGAGCAGCUCAAGAAGCUCCAGCAGCUGGAGCCGCAGCACCAGUGCAAGAUCCUGGAGACGUAGCUACAGCCGUAGCCACAGUUCUGCAAGCCGCUCCUCCAGUUCAAACAAAGGCUCCCCUCACAGACGAGGCCCCAGGCGCGGAGGGGACAGUGACACACAUCGCAGAGACUUCAACCGCUCUCGCAUCUACCGCUCCCAGUCUCCACGUUCUUCUUCAUCACGAGGCCUUAACCGCAACACCCAUUCAUCCAGCUCGCUGGGUUUGAGGCCAGGGGGGUCUCGAGAUGCAGGGGAACAGAAACACACCCUCACUGCACGCCAGCUGCUGGAGAAGGUUCAGUCUAAAAAAAGCUCUGAUGAUUCUACUACAGGAACAAAAUCUGGAAUAAAGAUUAAGGACCCACCACAGGGAUAUUUUGGUCCCAAACUACCGCCAACCCUGGGAAACAAAGCCAUGUUGCCACUUUUUGGUAAACUGCAGGCAGGGAAGAAACCAGUGAUUCCCCUAACCAGACCAGAUGAGGGAGAGAAAUCAGGGGUAGGGAAGGGCUCUGAAGCUGAUGGAGAGGUUAUCCUGGUAGAACCUAUAAGGGAGUUCCCUCCACCACCACCUCCUCCAGCUCCACCAGUCCAGAAAGUUGAGGAGGCCCCACAGAGCACAGUGAUUCAAGAAGAGACACAGCACCCCACUACAGAAGACCAGGUGCACCAAGAACCCCGGCCAUUGUUUGAACAGGAGCCCUCCAUGAUGAUGCCCCAAUACCAAGGAGAACCCAGUCAGGAUCCUUCCCAGAACCCUAUGAUGGAGUCCCUCAUGCCUGAAAUGCAGCAGCAGCAGCCCCCAAUGCACGCUUACCCUGGGUACCCACCACCCAACUUGGAGGAGGAUGGCAUGGAGGCUGAGGAGGACGGACUGGCUCCUUUGGAAAGUCAGCCUAUUACGUUCACACCAGAGGAGAUGGAGAAAUACAGUAAGCUGCAACAGGCUGCACAACAGCACAUCCAGCAACAGCUAUUGGCCAAACAGGUCAAGACAUUUCCUUCAGCCGCUGCGGCUGCAGCCGCUGCUGCCGCAGCUGCCAACUUAGCUCCCGCUCCACCUCCACCAGCCCUACAGCAGAUCCACAUUCAGCAGCCAACUGUGUCAGUAGCUUCCGGCACAUCAAUCACCACAGUGCAACAUGCCAUCCUGCAGCACCAUGCAGCCACUGCUGCAGCAAUGGGCAUCCACCCAGCCCACCCCCAUCACCCGCAUCCUGCACAUGCCCAGCUGGCCCAGGUACAUCACAUUCCCCAGCACCACCUUACCCCCAUUUCCCUGUCUCCUUUGGGCCCCUCCCUCGGUCAUUCUCUGGGACACUCACUUGGACAUGCUGGGCUGAUUCCUGCCCACCCAACAGCCUUCCUCUCUGGUCAGCCUAUACAUAUUAUCCCUGCUUCUGCACUUCACCACACCCCCUUAGCUCUCCAUCAUGUCCCACAUACUGCCCUCUACCCCACACUAUUCACGCCCCGACCCUCCCAAGCUGCUGCAGCAGCAGCUCUCCAGCUCCACCCACUUCUACACCCAAUCUUCUCAGGGCAGGACCUCCAGCACCCACCUAACCAUGGCUCUUGAGUAAUGAAGAAAGUGAACUCAAAUGUUCACAGCACCCAGCCACUGGAAGAAAGACUUAACCUGAACUGUCUUGGUUUAGGGUUUCAGAUGAAGUCUUUGUAACAACAUGCAGGCAGAGAGGCAGGAAUCUUGUCAAUUAAACCACCAUUUUACUGGCCUACACAGUGCAGCAAGUUGUAGCCACAAAGUGGUGCAGCCUGUGUUUGGUACAAAAUCGACACUAACAUUUUUUCUGGUUCAUGUGGGAUUGUUUUUGUUUUUUUACGUUUUCCCUGAAUUUUUAAGACAGGGUGUAGAGUUAAAGAGAUUUCCUCUCGACAUUGGCUUAUACUCCAAUUUGGGGUGGAUUAACAGCCUGAGAAGUCUAAGAAACCACUGGAGUUUAUUUGUUUUCCACAUAAAAAUGUUAUUGUCACAGUUUUUGCUCAUUUUGGCAGCCAAAGAGACACAUAAUGGCUAAUUAAUAUAAGCAGGAUCACAUUAGGAGAGGAGGAAGAACUCAUAUUGUUCUAGAGAUGAACUGCUUCACCUAUGUAAUGUACCUUUCACAGAUGGACUAUUUCAUAAUUACUGAUAUUGUUUAUGUUCUCAUAUGACUACUUGCUCUCUAUUGGACUCAAAAUAAUUUGUAAUGCAGUAACUUGUACAUAUAUCAGUGUGUAAUGUGAAGAAUCCCACUAGCGAUGGACAUAGGAAAUUAGAGCUACGGUGUCCAAGCCGGUAUGACAAUGUCACAUCAGAAGCCAUCUCUAAAUGACGGGAUAACAAUGUGAUGUGAAGGUCUUAGCAUCCCUUAUAUUCUGAGGCAAAGCUUAUGUUCCCUGUGGUGAGGGUACGUCUGAAUGAAUUGCACUGAAAUCUGUACAUCGAGAUGGUGCUUUUGCAUCAUGUAACAAUAAGAUUGUAGUAUACUGCAAUAAUUGUAUUUUUCUGUUUUUAAAUUAUUUUCCAAGAUGCUCUUCAAAAGAAGGGUUGUGUUUGGCUUUUGUGUAAUUUUGUAAAUAAAACUGCUGUAGAUUAACCUAUUAACACUCACAGAGGGUUGAGACUGCUAUUGGAAAAAGCAGAACGAGGAGUCGGACAGAAGAUGGACACUUGCGUAUUUUAUCAAGGUUAUUUCUAAAUCUUGCCAGCAAAGGUUGGGCUGGGAUGGCAUACGAUGGUGAUCUGUCUAAAAGUAGCAACUCUGUAUUUUUUAAAAACUUAACUCUUGUUUCAGCAAAUAAAAAAUUGAGUUCA